UACAUAGUGACCUACUUUUGACCAGACCCCUUUGGGUCAAAAGUAGUGCACUAAAUAGGGAAUGGGUUUCCAUUUGGGAUGUAAUCUUUCUCUGUAGCGCGAGAGACAGCUAGUAGGAAGUGCAGCCCUGUUGCCUCUCCACUCAUCUCAUCAAUGCAGCUUUCAUUCUGCCUCAGAGGGCCAAGAUGGAGGCUGUACAAAAGGACCACUGGUACUUCAUGGUACUCCUCAUCUUUCUCUCCAGUCUCAAAGUUUCUGUGCAGCAGAGAGAUGGUGUUACCACGGUGAAGCUUAAGGAGGGGAUGGUUCUAGAGUGUGUGUGUCCUUGGGAAGGGAACCUCAGCAUGGUCUCCUGGACCAAACUGAUCCGGUUUGAGAAGGCCCCUGUCGCUGUGUAUCACCCUGAGUACGGAGUGUCCAUCUCCCAGUACUACCAGACCAGGAUCCAGUUCCGGAAGACCAUUCCCAUGGAUGGCAGUAUCACCAUCAGUAAGGUCACCCAGGAGGACGCAGGGCUCUACCACUGCUCUGUUCAAACCUUUCCUAAAGGAUCCUGGGCCAGAGACAUAAGGGUGGAGGUGGAGGACACUGUAGAAGAGGAUGAUGCAGGUAGUGAAGCAGAUGGAGAUACUAACAUCCACACCAGAGAACCUGAGCCUGAGGUAAUCCAAGCAGACACUGAACUCAUCGCAGAGAGGAGCGACAACCUGACUAUCAGCUGCAACCACGAACACAACGGGACCGUGUAUGAUGUCACAGUCGAGAAGCUAGACCAUGGUAGCGCCAGUGGAGUGGGCAUCAUGGCGAAGUGUCGGCUGGAGAAUGGUGGUCUGUUUGGAGUAGACUACACACACCGGGGGAUAGUGAACUGUUCAGAUAGACUGGACACACGUCUGCAGCUCAAUGAUGUGGGAGAAGAAGAUGGAGGGUUAUAUAGAUGUCUCUUCAAUACGGACGCUGGGGUACAGACCACCACUGUGCUGCUGACUGUACUUAGCCCAGUUGAAUUCAGCCUGUCUGAGUAUCUAAUCUACAUUGGAGGGGGAGUGUCAGGACUCCUGCUGCUGCUCUCUGUCAUUGUAAUACUGGUUGUGUGGCAAAGAAAGAAGAAGAUGAAAGCGAAGUACAUAACCAAACUGCAUCCAGCUCAGAGACAGUCCUGCAACGACUAUGAGAACGUUCCUGUGUAUGACAGGAAGGGGACCAAUCAGAGAGGAGAUAGCCCAGUGUACGGCAACAUACUUUCACACACUAAAAGGAAGAGAUAGGGAGAAGUACUAUGUUACAGACCCCUGUCUGACCCCUAUCAUGCUUUAACAGUGGCACAGCCACAGUCUCCCCAUUGAAACAUUCAUGAAUAUGAUAUUCAACCGCUUAUAGUGGUCAAAGACUGUGGGACAGAAUCAUUCAUAUAACUGCAAAGUAGGCCUACUUAUGUAUCAGUCUGACUUACACUUUGUUUGCUCUCAAUCUAUGCAACUCUGUGUAUUCCCUUGAAACAUUGACAGUUUGUUUAGAUAUACAUUUGCCACUAAUAAUAUGUAAAACACUAAUUUUGUAUAAUAUAUUGUUGAAUGCUUUACAUGUAGUAAUACCGCCCCAUAACAAACUGUUAUUAAAAGCCUCCCAGCUCCAUUCAAAUCCUUAGUUGUCCCUAACUCAAUCAUGUGACAAUGAACAAACCAAUCAUGCUGUUCCAUCCCCUGGGAAUGCUGUGUUUUCCUGUUGUACUUACGUAGAUUGGGUCCUGUAGGUUGUUAUGUUAUCAUGGAAUCGUUCACAUGUUAAUUCAGCAAAACGAUGAUAGUCAAUGGAAACAUACUGUACUAUUGUAUUUUGUCUAUCUAAGCCAUAGAUUAAAUAUUUCUUCUCU